AUGCCGGUCAAACGAUUAAACCAAAAGACUAAAGCCUCAACCAAUAAAACAAGCAGGAAAAUGAAGUCUGUAACGCGCAAUGUUGCUGAAGUAUUAAAAUUAUUGGAAAAAGGCUAUCAGCAAAAAGCCAAUGCAGAUAAAGCGGUUACAAUGAAAAAGUACAUGCGAGAUCAAUUCGAAUACUAUGGGAUUAACUCACCUGAACGGCAAAAGAUAGACAAGCAAGUUCGCAAAGAUUUACCAGAUUUAUCCUUUAAUGAAUAUCAUCAGCUAUUAACUGAAUUAUGGAAGAAACCCCAGCGUGAAUAUCAGGUUGACAAUGAUAUACCUAUGACUAUGUCGUACUUUGCUGCAGAAUUAGCCACAAAGUCUAUACCUGCAUUAACGGGUGAUUCGGAUGAUGAAUUAAAAAAGAGUGUUGAGGUUAUUGAAAGUAUGAUAACGAACAAGUCUUGGUGGGACUGUGUCGAUACUCUUGCGCCAAGAGUUAUAGGCGAAUUGAACAAAAGCAAUCCUGAUGUCUUAGGCCCUAUUCUAGAUAAAUGGAUUGCUGACAAUAACAUUUGGCUUAAACGAACGGCUAUUCUACACCAGUUAUAUUAUAAAGAAAAGACUGAUCAAAAAAAAUUAUUUAAAUAUAGUCUCGCAUGUGCCGCAGAAAAAGACUUUUUCAUUAGGAAAGCCAUUGGCUGGGCGUUAAGAAAUCAAUUUCGGGUCAACCCAGAAGCUGUUAAAAAGUUUGUGAAAGAAAACGAAGAUAAAUUGUCAAAUCUUAGUAAAAAGGAAGCUUUAAAGCAUGCUUGA